CUGCAAGUGUAGCCAAAGACCACCCGCUCGUCGCCGAUCGGAAACGAUGCCAUGCAGCCGAGCCGCCCCCCGCUCCGCGCCCCGGUGCUACGCCACGCGCUGCCGCGGCCGAGCGUGGCGCGGAGGGCCAAGGCCUGCGUGGCUGGAAGCUCCAGAGACCUGCGAGAGCACCUGCUGUUGGCAGCCGCCGGCUGUUGCUUGGGCCGUGGUGCCUUCAAGGACGCCUGGAAGUCCUUGGACGAUCCCUCAAAGAGCUUCGAGGCUCUCUUCCCGGAGAGGAGCCGCAGGGCCUCCGAGAGCCUUGCUCCGCAGCGCCCCGUCGCGCUCCUCGACUCCCAGCUCCGCAGCGCCCCGUCGCCCCAGGCGCUGCGGCGGGCGCUGCGCCAGGCCCAGGAGAAGCGCUGGUUGAACGGUGCCCUGGUGGCCACGGCGGCACAGCGCUGCGGGGAAGCGCGCUGGUGGGAGCAGCUCGUGGAGGUCAUCGAGGCCUCUCGCGGCCUCUCCCUGAGCCCAGCGCAGCAACGGACGGUCUUGCUGGCACUGGCCAGCGCUGGCCAUGGCAGGGGGGUCCGAGGUGCUGCGGCUGGCUGUGGAGGUGCUGCCUUCAAGCUUUGCCGGGCUUUGGGCACCGAGCAGGCAGCUCUCCUCUGGGCGGAUCAGCUGUGGGACUGGGCCAGACGAGUUCUACCACCAGAGGCUUGGAGCUCGGGGACGUUGCCAGAACAACGCCUGGGACUGCUGGAGCUGCAGCAACGCUAUGAGGAGGUGGACGCCAUGGUGAGGACCCUGACGCCCACUGCCUGGCUCCUCCGGAAUCUCCUCUCGGCCGACGCCACGCUGCGCGACUGGCAGCGGGCCGAUGAGCUUUGGGCGCAGAUGGCCAGGGCUGCACCUGCAGAUGGCCUGGCAUACGCAGCCUAUGCCAAGGUGCACCUGCUUUGUGGCCGGCCGGGUGCUGGAUUGGAGAUCUUGGAUCAGAUCAUGCACGGUGUUCACGAAGAGGACACCUACCUGGAUGCCCAAUACGCGAUAGACUACCUGCAGAUGUUGCUGGUCGUGUGUCACUCCCACACUGAUGCUGUGAAUCUCCAACGCCUACGAGGCUCCUUCUUGGUGUCGCUGUCGAACUCCCGGGGCCUGCAGAGGCAUUGGGACCGUUUAGAAGUAUACCCCACGCUUUCUCCACUUCCUCGAUCAUUGAAGGCCAUCAGCAGCAUGAGUGAUCCAGACCGAUCAAGAUGGACCGCUCCAUGGACCAUCACUGGGAUCUUUUUGCGGUUCAUCCGCUUCCAAGGGAUCUUCCAGGUGGUCCAUCGAUGCUCGUUGCCUGUGGCGUGUUUUUUUCUCGAUUUAAUUAGUCGGAUAUACCGAUAUAGCAUAACAUAG